UUCCUGAUUUUCCCUUUAACCCCUCUUCUACUGCUGCCUCCAGCUGCUUGACCCCCCAGACCAGUAAAUUUCCACCCCCUGCUCAGACCCUGGCCACCACCACACCCCCGAUUCGCCCCCUUUGCCCCUUUUUAAUCCCUGUCAAAAGCAGUCAGCAAAAUCCUACGGGUAUAAGGGCAGGGUGAAGGGCAGUGGCUUCAGCAGAUGUACUGAGCGUGCUCAAUACACGGUAAGCAGCACAUUUUUAGCAGCGCGCAGAGCGGACCCUGCCGGAAAGGAGCGCGGUAGGGGAAGGAGUUCGGGACGGAGUACCCCUCCCCCACGCUAUCGACAGGUAACAGGAACGAUGUAGGAGGAUUCCAGAGCUGCACAUUAGCAAGGCCAGCUUUCCUAAUGGAAGAGACUCCCCAAGGGACAUUCCAAGAUGAGCUGGAGUGGUGUAUUUUGCAGCUGGAAACAGGCCUCCUUCGUCUCAAUCCAACCCCAAAACAAGCAGAGGAGACGCAGCACAUCCUCAAAGUCCUGCGCUCCCGCAAGGCUGCCUUUGUGAAGAAGCGGCAGGUGAUGAACCGCGUGUUUGGGGAUUACCGACUGAAGAUAGCCGAGGAGCAGAAGAAGAUGGAGAAAGCAGCCAUGAAACCUGGGAAAGCACAAAUACAGAAAGGGAAUGUGCAGGUUUCAGGGAGCGUGGUGUAUAGGAAGCGAUCUGGACAGACCUCUGAGUCAACAACAAACUGGUUCACACCAUCUGAUGAUAGCUUCCGAUUCAGCUUUGUACUUCCUGAGAUGGAUCCACAAGCAACCAGUGGAACUAUGGAAGAGGCCCAGGGGGUAGGUGGUUCUGAACGGAGGCCCUCAGAACUAGAUGAUUUGAGUGGAGUGUUGAACUUUUCCACCCCUGGACAAGAGCCCAAGUUUGCUUUCAAUUUUGUCAUCCCAGAUAAAGAUGGCAUCAGGGGGCCAUCUGUUGUUACAGGCCAAAGAGCGGAGAGUGUAGCAGAAAAUGUGACAUCAGGUGGCUUAUCUGCAGGACCAAUUACGCAUUCAACCCUGUGGGAGGCUAACAUGCCUGAGGUUGUGGGCUGUGUGGCUGGAGGAUUGGGGAGAAAGGUUCUCGUUUUAGAGACCCCAAAACCAGAGAUCGCCGCUGGAGAUGAGGUUAAGGCAGAGAAGACAGCAGCAACUGGAGCACCCAAGAAGAAUAAGAAAAAGAAAUCAUCAAAUAGUAAGAAGGAAAUGGCGGAAGCUGAGGUCAGCAAGAAGGUGAAGGUGGGAGCCAGUGGGUGUGAAGACACAGAUUUGUCCCUCCAGGACAAGACCACGCAGCAGUCAGAUAAACAGCUGUGGAGGGAAGUGGACUGGUGUGUGGAACAGCUGGAACUUGGCCUGAAGACACAGAAAUCCACUCCAAAACAGGCUGAAGAAGUUCUUCGUGCCAUCAAGACACUACGCAGUGACAAGGCCGUGCUGGCAAAGAAGCGUCAGGUAAUGCGAGCCAUGUUUGGAGAUUACAAGAAGAUGAUGGAGGAGGAGAGACAGAAACAGCUGAAGCUUAUGCAGGCAGCUGCAAAGUCUGCUCAGGUCAUGGAGGUGAGGGAGAAUGCCCGCAGAAAGAGCAGCCAGGUCUUCCGGAAGUGUUCAGAGGCAUCCAGGAAAAGCCCAAGUUCUGCAGGAUCCCCUUCUCAUCCUCCCAGCCAUCCAGAGUCACGCCAGGCCUCUGGCACAAAUUCGUUCAUGUCCCCAACUUCCCAAGAGGCGUUCCGCUUUAAUUUUUUUUAGGAAAGUCCCUUGGACAUUUAUUGUUUUUGUUUAAUGGCUGAAAAUGUUGCCAAAAUCUGUAUAGUCUUAGAGGGUAGAAGGAUGCUGAGCAGAGUAAAAGGAUCAUGUGGGAAACAUGCAUAGGUUCAUAGUGAAAAGACACUAAGUGCCUUGGAUCAAGUGUCUGUAACAGCUCUAUCUAUAAUGCAUACAAUUCCCCAGACUCAGUCUGUGGGCUGGACUCCUUUCCUCAUACGUACCUUUGCUUGGAAACAAAUCCGAUAAGAAGAUCAUCUAUGGUCAGAGAAGGGAUAAGUAAAGGUGAAGAGAAGCUUAGCACUUUGAAGGCAAUUCUUCUGUUGUAUGCGAAGUGCAGCUGUCAUGCUGGCUGUAUGGAACAGAGUAACAAAGUAGGAUCGAAACUCCUUGUGGUUGUGGAAGCAGAGAAAGAACUGACAGGAAGGAACUGCAAUGCAUGACAGUUCAUUAGCAAGAGUCAGGCUAACUGUAACCCUAAUAACGCGAGAUUUGUAGAAACGAGGAUUGUGUGAGGUGA